GGCCUGGGGAUCCAGGGUGUACUUCGAAACUUGUGCAGUGAAAACAUCCAGGCCGGCUUAUUUCUUGGGCGACUGCUAUGAGCCAGUUACAGCCAUGGUGAUGCCACUCGAGCCUCUCGGCAGCCUGAGCGGUACGUUUUGAUAUCUACCGUUGAAGGCCUUCUGUGAAGAAUCCAGGGUGCCAAGUACUCAGGGGAGUCCUGGUGGUUCACACGGAAGCUUCUGGAUUGGAAGUGGAUACCCCAGCAGUCUGCAAGAAUCCUCGGUGGAAACCCAUUAAUGCUCGCUGUCGAACUCCACAUACGCCUUUGGAACUGGUUCACUGUCAUUCCCCAGGUGUCUCUGGGGGAGACUACGUCAACUGCCACCGUCACUUUGGGGAAGUUCUGCAACAGCAUGCCAGCUGCUGGAGUCCCCCGCUGUGGAGCCCUGUGGCCCCUUUCACUGUGAAGUAUCCCCAGGCCAAAUUGGUAUUGGCUACAUUUUUGGUUUUAAGAAAGCCAGAGGGCCGGGACGCAGCCCUGGGAGCAGCCCUUCCCGUGGGCACUUGGAACCUUCUGGUCCAGAGGAGAAGCCGCCCCCUCACCCGGACCUAUGACCCGCGGCUUCGCCCCCGGUCCGCCCACUGAGUUCCACGAGAUGGGCUCCUUCCGCAGGCCCAGGCCGCGCUUCAUGAGCUCCCCGGUCCUCAGCGAUCUGCCCCGGUUCCAGGCAGCGCGGCAGGCUCUGCAGCUGAGCUCCAACUCGGCCUGGAACAGCGUCCAGACCGCCGUGAUCAACGUCUUCAAAGGGGGUGGCCUGCAAAGCAACGAGCUCUAUGCGCUGAACGAAAACAUCAGGAGGCUGCUGAAGAGUGAACUUGGAUCAUUCAUUACAGACUAUUUCCAGAAUCAGCUUCUUGCAAAAGGCCUGUUGUUUGUGGAGGAGAAGAUUAAGCUGUGCGAAGGUGAAAGUCGCAUUGAGGUUCUGGCCGAAGUGUGGGACCACUUCUUCACUGAGACCCUCCCCACCCUGCAGGCCAUAUUUUACCCAGUUCAGGGCCAGGAGCUGACCAUCCGCCAGAUAUCCCUGCUGGGCUUCCGCGACCUGGUCCUGCUGAAGGUGAAGCUGGGUGACUCGCUGCUGCUGGCCCAGUCCCAGCCACCCUCGUCCAUCGUCCAGAUGUUGCUCAUCUUGCAGAGCGUUCACGAGCCCACAGGCCCAAGCGAGGGUUAUCUGCAGCUGGAGGAAUUGGUGAAGCAAGUGGUGUCUCCUUUCCUGGGCAUCAGCGAGGACCGCGGCGUCUCGGGUCCCACGUACACGUCGGCCCGACGCCACUCGAGGGUGCGGCCCAAGGUCGCCGUCCUGAGCUACGCCUCCCCGACUGCAGCCACCAGCCGGCCGCCCCCCGAGACGGCGCUGACGCCGCUGACGGAGCAGGAAGGCGAGGCCUACCUGGAGAAGUGUGGCAGCGUCCGGCGGCACACGGUGGCCAACGCCCCCUCGGACAUCCAGCUGCUGGCCAUGGCCACCAGGAUGCACCCGGGCCUGGGUGAGGAGCCUGGCGGCGACGACAAGUGCCUACUCCUGCCGCCCAGCUUCUCCCCGCCCCACCGACAGUGCUCCAGCGAGCCCAACAUCACCGACAGCCCUGACCAGCUGGAGCAGGUGACCGGGGGCAGCCAGGAGGACACUGAGCUUAACUGUGCUUCCCUGAGCUGAGUGCCCACCUCCCGGUUCCCCGGGGCGGCCUGGCCACCCGUGUGAACACAGCUCCCGUCCCCGGGGCUCCUGAAGGGCCCCUCCCAGGGGUGCCGCUGCCUCUGCCUGCCUGGGGAUCUGCCGUGCACAGGCCGGGCCCCGGUGGCCUGGAGGGACCCUGCUCGUGGACUUCUCCAUUUUCCUGACUGUGACCACGUCUUUGCAGCCACGCAGGCCCAGACCCAGCUGCCUGCUGCUCACUCUCUGCUUGGCCGACUCCAGAGCCUCCUCUCUGGGCUCUCCCCCCAGAGGCGUCCGAUGCUGCUCCCAUCCCCUGGCGUGAUGACAGCAGGGAUGUGCUGGUGCCUGGAGUCCCCCUUUAGGUCCCCGUGGUGCAGGCUCCCGGUGAGAAGCGGGGCCUCGGCUUCUCAGGCCCCUGUCCUGAGCCGAGGGAAAGCAGGCGGCAGCCCCUGCCUAGCACGACUCCGAGAGUGCGCCUUCCUUGUUGUAGUCUCAGAACUACUGGGAAGAGUGGUCCCUCUGGUGGGUGAGGGGCAUCCUCACCUGUAUCCGGAUCCUACAUGCCGCCCCUAGCCUUUGGCCCUGGAGGGCCGCACGGCUGGAGAAACCCCCUCUCGGAGGAAGCCUCAGCGCUCCCCUCUCCGGCCUCCUCCCAAGCUGGGGAAACAACCCCCCCCCCCCCCCCCCCCCCCGGUGGAGUAGCUGGUGCCUUCAUUGCUCUCUCUUUUCAGAAACUGGUUGUUUUCCUGUCGUGGGUGUGGGACCAGCUGAUGCCAACCAGUUAGUCUGUUCCUGGAUUUGACUUGAAUUUUUAAAAUGUGCAUUGUUUCAAAAAAAAUUUUUUUGGUUUGCAAAUAUUUGCACGUAGGAUCUUGCACUGCUCAUUUCCAGGGGGGAGGUGUAUCUGCACGUAGGAUCUUGCACUGCUCAUUUCCAGGGGGGAGGUGUAUCGUCUUCAAAGUUGAACCUGAACAACCCUCGCCCCUCCCCGCCCAGGAGAGGAGCCUGCAAGUGGUUCGGGGUGCAGGGGAGCUGGGGUGGGUGGGGCUCAUCAGCCGCAGAGCGCUAGACGCAGCUGGACCAGAAUCCAGAUUGGCCUCCCCUUGUGAGUGUCGUGGCCCAUAGCACGGAGGUAGGAAGCCUCAGUUUGCCUCAAGAGUAGAGGGGCCUAGCAAGUGGAACGUCUUAGGGCAAGAUGGGGGCGAUGUGGGCAGGCCCCUUUUUUUUGGAGAAAUGUUCAUUGCCUGUGAUUACAGAAGUGCCCAGAAGUGCCUGGAGUUUCUAACAAAAUGCUGUCCGGGGCAGUGGGCUUUGGUGCUGCGCUGCGUCCUUAACACUGCCUUCUCUGGGUCCCGGCUUCUUAUCCACCUGGAACCCCUGUUCUCUGUUUGCCUGUUGGCCCCGCUGACAGCAGCUCCAGAAAAAAAAAAAAAAAAGAACGAAAGAAAGAAAAGAAAAAAAAAAAGAAAAGAAGGAUUUCCUGAAUUUUUCUGGUACCUUCUGGGGGUCCCGCUGGUCUUUGGAAACUGUUAAUGACCUCCCGGAGACGUGAGGCCACGUGGCUUCCAACAUGGCAGGAGGUGGCCGGGAGGGGACGGGGACACUGAGCUGCCAGCAGGGGAAGAGGCCUUCGAGGCCUGUCUAAGCCUUGACGGCACAUCCCUUCUGGGUGAAGAUCUGGAAUGUGACCGGGGUCGUGCUCUGGAGGGCUCGUAAUUCGGAAAGUUUGUUGAAAGAGUUGUCUCGUUUUUCUUCUCCGGAGAGCGUGGGGAAGAGAGAUGUCCGAAGGAGGCCCUCUGAGAAGUUCCAACAAAAAUGAUCCCUGUGCGGGUGUUGGACAAAGUCCACGGACUGACCGAUGUGACGAUCCGUUUGCCCGAUGGUGUCUGUCCUCACUGGUGACACUUAGCACUUGGGACUAGUGUCUGGGGGUCCGGGCCAAGGUGUUAGCCACGCUCGGGUUGCCUUUCUCAGUUCACAACAUUCACGACGACAGAUGUGCUUUUAAAUGCCUUGUCCCUACGCUGGCCGCCCCUGAGCAGGACAGCGGCCGUCGGUUAAGUGCGUGAGCGCCAGCCCCGGCCCGUGUCCUCACCUGCUGAUGGCCGUUAGCCACUUUACAGCUUCACCUGGACGCCCGUCCUGAUAGUGCACAGCGGGCGUCUCAGACCCUGCUCGGAAGAUUCUGUGGGAUGUUUAGGGGCCGGUGAGCCGUCGGGGCCGUUUUCGAGGGCGAUGGCUGUGGCGUCUGCGACGGCCUCUUCUCCGACCUUUAUGAGAUGCAGCGGGGAUCUCCUGGCGGCUGCGUUUUAAUGCCAGGAAGCGAUCUCGGCUCCGAGCUCUGAGUGAGCUCACAGCCCAAAAGCCUUCCCGUGUUGCCUGUUUCCAAAAUAGAUUCAAUAAACAGCGUGUUGUGCACGUCA